GGAUUUUAGUACUGAUUUCAGAAUCGCGUAUGACGUGUAUUUUAAAAAAUUAAAUUUACGAUAUUUUUGGGGGUCCUUAAAGUGGCCGUUGGUCCAGGUAGAAAGGAUAAUAUUCAUAGGAUCAUCUGGAAGUGCAUUAAAUUGCGCCUGCGUUUCCAAUUCGCGCCAAUGCCCGGUACAGAUGGCAGAUGUUUUGUAACCAUCGGAGUGUAUACGGCAGAGUAAAAUUCAGUGGUUUUUAUUUAAUUUUUUUCGGGUAAACGGCUUAUCGAAAUUAAGAAAAAACGGUACCACACCAAAGCCCGAAGUUUACACAACAUGAAAAUCGUAUUUUUAACGUUUUUAAGCUAGCCUCGAUGUUUAUUCAGCUAGUGUUUUCUUACCAACUCUUGCGUUUACUAGCCUGCUUAGUUAGGAAACCAUUUUGUUUCCUUCACGGGAAUAUGUAGUUUUUUUCUUUAUGUUUUAUUAAUAUAAAUUAACCUCUUAUCAAAAUUUAGUGCAGUGCAUAUUUCUAGAAUAGGACCAAAAUUAAAGAUUCUAUCAAACUCCCGACAAAAACUUCCAAAACACAAUGACCAAAAAGUGAUACAAAACCAACCACAAAACCAAACCAGAGCACCAUGCCUCGUACAAUCAGAAAUAGCGAGAGUCCUCGAGGGGGUUACAGGACCGUACCCUCGAGCUCUACACCAGACAUGACUAUCAUCAAAUCCGAACUGACACCGAGUCCGCAUUUGCUGGAUCAUGGUUACGGAGCUACGCCUAUCAAUCAGAUUAUGUCGCCAUCGAUUCCGACCCAAGCGCCAGCUGUCAAACGGAAAUUAAAUUUGGACUCUCAUCACUGUGUAGCACCGUCAGUGGUGCGAAUAGAUAAUGAAUUUAAGGCACCACAACCUAAGAAACCAAGAAGGCAACCACCGGCUAAGAAGAAUACUAGGUAUGACACUUCGUUGAGUUUAUUAACAAAGAAAUUCUCAGAUCUGUUAGAGAGGAGCCCCAAUGGUGUAGUAGAUUUGAAUAGAGCAUCUUUAGAACUAAAGGUGCAAAAAAGGAGGAUUUAUGACAUCACAAAUGUACUGGAAGGUAUCGGUAUAUUAGAAAAAAAAUCAAAAAAUAAUAUCCAAUGGAAAGGGGCACAUGGACAAAACAGUAAGUAUCUGACUUUAACAAAGAAGAUACAGAGUCUAGAAGACAUGGAAAAUAAUCUAGAUAGGCUGAUAGUGUCCGCAGAAAGCGAAUUGAGUAAAUUAACGAAUGACAGGUACGGAUAUGUAACUUACCAAGAUCUCCGAUCCAUCGACUCCUUCCGAAAUAAAACAGUGAUGGCGAUCAAAGCGCCACCAAGUACACAACUUUCCGUACCUAGAACCGACAGGUACGAAGAUAAAUACAGUAUCCAAAUGAAAAGUGAAAUCGGUGAAAUUGAUGUAUUUCUUUGUCCGGAGAACAUCCCUCCAGUCAAACCUAAACACGUACCACCAAUGGAUAUGUUAUUGAGGGAUAUUAAAAUCAGUCCCGGUCUAUUUGAUAUGUCUACUCCGCUAGUGCCUCAGUUGGAAAGCCCAACGCCUAGACCAAUAUCGUCAGGGAUUUGCAGAAAUAUAACUUUUUCAAAAGACUCCUUCGAUCCAGGUCCAAGUUCGCUAGGUAAUAAUCAAGAUGAACAUCAAAAUCACCUGCAGAAUCAAUCACAUCAACAAAACCAGCAAUUGGUGACGCCGCAACACUCCCCCGAACAAUUGUUAAAGAGCGAAAUGUUUCUACAGGGUGAUGGAGAAGGAUUUGGUCCUAUGGUGGGGCGUUAUAACUUUAGUAGUACACAGACUGAAAUUAAUAGUAAUUUAGGUAUUACGGAUCCUCUGUUGAGCAGUGAGUUGGUCUUAUUAGAACCACUUAUGCAAUCCGAGUACAACUUCAGUUUAGACUCAACGGAAGGUUUAGCGGAUCUCUUCGAUUAUGAUUUUCUUUGUUGAAAGAUUUUUGCUCACCCAUGUACAAAUUACACUUAAAAAAAAUACCACAUCAUUCGGAAAGAUACGAUAGUUAUAUAUCUUGAAUAAUUGUUUGGCUUAUUGUUACAAAAUCGUCACAAGAAGUGGCCUUAGAAAUGUUCCUUGUAGUACUCCAAUGUUUAGAUGUUUUUUUUUGUUUUGGUUGGAUUUUAGUGAGUUUUUUGAAAUUUUGGACAAUAUUUAAACAGGGUAAUUGUUUUAGGAGUUGGUAAAUGGACGUUGUUAAAUUUUACAAGUGUUGUUUGUUCCAUUUGAAUAAUUUUAUGACAACAAUCAAAUAAUUUUCGAAUUUCGUGGUAUAAAAUUUUUUCGAUAGUUACCAGAAAUGUUUAUUAAAUUUAUUUCAGUCUUGUUUGCUUCCUUUUCAUUGUUAUAUGAAUAUAACUUUCAUGUCUUUCUGAAGGGUGUUACAAAAUAAUUACUUUUAGUAAUAUCGAAUAGGUAAAUUCACAGAGUCCACAUGUCAUUUGAUAUUUUUUCACAUUUUUUGGCAUACAAUAUUUUUCCAUCUUGAGGUUUAAAACGUUCAGAACCUUCGAAAAAGAACAGAACAUGUUUUUUGUGCAAUUUUUAAUAUUUCAUCAUGUUCUGUAAUGAUUUCCAUUUGAGGAAUGGUUUUACUCAUAACAUAAACUAAUUUCUAUUACAAAUCUACAUAUGUUUCAUAUUUGAUGAAGGUAACUUCAUUUUAUGUAGUUUUGUUUUCAAAAUUUCUCAAAAUGCUAUACAAAUUUUUAGCUUUUAAACUUACCUUUAGAUUAAUUAAAACCUCAAGUAAUUUUGACUUACAUUUUAAUAGUAAAUUGAUAACUGACCUGACAAAGUGAGGAAAAGCAGUUCAUCGAUCCUAAUUACCAAAUUUUAAUGUUUUAAAUAUCAAUUUUUGUAAUUUUAAAGGGUUUUAUUAAAUUUCCAAAUUUCCAAAUAAAUUUCAAAGUAACAAAGUAAGUAAAAGUAUUUAAUUGAUUUUGAUUGUUAAAAAUUUCAUUGUUUAAAAUAACCCUUCAUGAAAUUCAAUAUUAUUCCACGUCACGCUAGCGAAAAAUUUAGUGCAUCAUCACUAAGUAGAGUCGGAUCAAUCAUAAAUUGUUAAAAUAAUUUUUUUUAUUCUGUAUUGAUAUUUUGGUGUUGUUUUCAUACAUACAAUUUGAAAAAAAAUCAGAAUUUAUGAGGAUUAUAAAUUAAUUAUAGUAUUUUCAAAAACACUAGUUGCGGAUUUACAAAUUAGCCACCUGUAGACUUUUAAUCUUUUGCUGCCUCUACUGAUUUUUGAAAUUCAAUACCUUAGUUCACAAUUGUACAAAUUGCAUUUUUUAUAAAAAAAUCUCAACUUUAUAAUUUGAAAAUUGACAGUACAUGUUAAAUCCUUAAUUAUUUUCAACACAAGGAACUGUUUUUUUAAGAACAAUUUUAUGAAAUAAAAGAUAAAAGUAGCUUUGAAAGUGUACGCAUUCCUGAACUAAUUCCGAUACUAAAUCAUUAGGUACAAUUUUUCAAGGAACCUACUUUUUAAUGGUAACAACUCAACUCAAACAUAAGAAGUGAAAAUUUCAAGCAAAAUUAUUUCUUACAUAUCUUACCGUCAAGUAACUCUACACAAAAUAUUUUCACAAAUUAUUGUCUUCAAAAGUACACUAACCUAAUCUAUCCUUCUAUAACUAUAAACCUAAAAAAAAUUACUAAAACAAGACGAAAAUUAACGCACUGUUAAAAUAUUCUGAGUUACAGUGCCUAAAAUGGUUAAGAUAUGUAGUAGGAUGUUAUUUCAAACGUGAAAUUGUGUGAAAUUAUAUAGUGGUAUGAAAGAAGUUAAAACAUUUUUAUUUUGCUUGAAGUUUUUCUUGUAACUUUUUCAAACGAAUUUUUAGUAUUAGUUUUUAAGAAUCACUUUAACAUAUAAAUUAUUAUCUUACUAUGUACACAUAAACAGUGAGAAAAAGUAGUUUUUUGAUUCCGAUAGAUAAAAUAUUAAUUUUGUCAAGCAUCCUUGGAAUUAUUACCAUAUUAGUAGUAUUACCACGAUUUUUAAACUAGUGUAUAUCAAAAGUUUGGAUUUUUUUGAACGUUUUAACCCUUUGACAAAUUUCACUAACCAAAAAGUCUUCACGUUCUGUGGUAUAUAUAUAUUUUCAAAUAUUUAUUUACGAUAUGUUUUUUGUUAAUUUUACUGUUAUUUCGCGUAUCAAUAUGCUUAAUUUUAUGUAUAUAAACAAAACGGUGCGAUUUGUUUUCAACAUCUUCUGGCUAUAGUUUUAACGGACAUUACAGGACUGAUUUGGCGUGCCGGUGCGUCACUAUUAGUGAUGGAAAUAUUUUCCAGUGAUGAGACUUACUUUUUUUUCUAGAGGAAAAAAUGGACAAUUGUACGAGGUAGUUCGUUUAUCUUUUAUGAAUUGAUUGGUGCUACGUCUAAAUUUUUUUUCUACGUAAACCUAUGAGGGGAAACAAGGAUAUUUUAUAAAAUAAACUGGAUUGCUAAAAUGUCGGAAAAAUUCGCCGAUUUAUAACUACGAAUUUGUACAGGGUUAUUACUAACUGAAAUUACCUACCCGAAUUUAAAUCUGAUAGUUGUAACAUCAGAAUACGUAUUUAAUAUUUUUUUUUUUCAUUUUAACGAAUUUAUAUUGGUUAAAAUAUUCAAUUUAUAACAUACAGUGAGUGUGUCCAGUAGCAUUUAUUCGAAUAAAAUUUAAAUCGAAAUAACUAAAAAUGGUUUCAUAUUUUGUAGAAUUUUUAUACUGCAAAUAUUCUACUUAUUUUAGUAAUAUCAAAUUGUCCCCAUCUACUUCGAUAACCAAAUAAAAUUAUUUCUGAACGACCAGUGGAAUAUUUCAUAUGAUGAUCAUUGUAUAUAUUACAGUUGAAAACCAUUUUCAGUUAAUUUUAGUUUUGACUAGGGAAAAUUAGUUCUCAUAAACCCUUUCAGUUAAAACUAGUUUUUACUAAUCAAACUAUAGUUAACUACAUCUUUUUAUUGGGUAGUGAAAACUAGUGUCAAUUUAAAUAAAAUUUUGGAGUCUUUCUCUUUUCGCAGUGUUACUGAAAAAUCAUCCACCAGCUCAGGUGACUGGCAAGAUUUCGUUAGAUGCUUCUGGAAAAAAUCUUGUGAUUCUAAUCUAAUUUGUACAAAAAAAAUAAUAUGCCACGAAAGUUUAUUUUAAAAAUUCUGACUUUUUAGUUUUCUACUAGAAUAAAAUUUUAAAACAAUAAAUUUUUCAACUGGAAACAUUAGUUGCCAUUAGUAGGAUUCUUUAAUGAAAGCUAUUUUCAACUAAAAAUUUUAUUUCCUAGAGAAAAAUGUGAAAAACUAGCUUUAGCGCCUAGGGUAAGGUCAAUACUAGUUUUGACUAGUAAAAACAAGUUUAACGGAAACUAAUCUUUCUUUGUCAAAACUAGAAUUAACUGAAAACGGAUUUCAACUGUAAUAUAUAUUUUGUAUUUGAGUAAAGUCCUGGAAUUGUGGACAAACAUUUAAAUCAAUCAAAAAUUCAUGAAUCGUAUUGAACACACUGUUUACACUACCACUACACCAUACUUUACCACCUUACCAAUUGUGCACUACAGUAUGGUGUGAGCCUUGGUUCUAUUCUUCAACAACGUUCCCCAUCGUCUCACAUUCAUUUUUUGUGAACUUGAUCGGUACAAUUGACAUGGGGUCUGCCUUUUUUUCUGCCACUGUAUGUUUUGGUAUUCAUCAUUCUCUUUGACCAAUCGAAUGAUGUUUGUGGAUUCUCCAGUCUUUUUCGUUCGUAGCAUAUUUCCAUACUUCUCACAUAGAUGUUUACCGAUUUUUUUGUUCGAGAUUUCCUUAUUUCUUAGACAGUAGUCAGGGUUUUGUUAAGUGGUGUCUAAUAAAGUUAUUUCUCUAUAGUAUGGCCUUAUCUCCUUUAAUGUAUUGGGCAAAUUAUUUCUUUGUACCACUCAUUGACAUAACCUCUGUUUUCCACAUUUCUUUAAUUCGUGUAUCGCUGUUUCUUCAAACUCAAUUAGUUCUCCCACUAUUGCAUCUUCUCCAUGCGAUUUGUUUUUUUUUUAAUUUCCACCAUACACUACACUAACACUGACAGUACAAGUGUUGGUGUAGUGGUAGUAUAAAUAGUAUGUUCUGUAUGAAUAUAACCAAUGGUUCCAGAAAUUCCAAUUUAGUUAUUCAUGAAUGGUAUUUCAUAAAAUUACAUCACCAAUUUCCAGUAAAAUACAGAAUUAACGAAUGUUUUAACCAACUUCCAUUUCGAAAGGAUUUUAGAAGAAAUUUAAUCCUGUGAAGAUCUUUUUUGGGGUUUUCGUGUGAAUUCACUGGUUCAUCUGAUUAUAAUAUGUGAGUAGAGUAGUGUCCAAAUGAUGUAAAAUAAAUUUGGUUUUUAUAACAUAUGUAAUUGGAUUUUUAAAAAUCUAAAGCUUUCUUAACUGGUAAAAACCUCAUACUAUAACUACUACUAUCUCCAAUAUUACUUUUAACUUAGAUUUCAAUGUGUGACAAGAGAUUUGCACAAAUUUGUUUAUUUUUUCAAUAAUAUUUUAAGAAAAAAAUUCCUAUAUACACUUAAAUGUAGGUUAUAUAAUUUUUAGUAACAUUUAUUCCCGAUUUUGGGAUCUUAAAUUAUAAAACACCCCGAAUAAGAUUUCCAUACGAGUAAAAUAUGGAAAUAAACUUGCAAUUUCAUUGACUUUUGAUGCUCUCAGAAAGUCUUCGACAGUUUCACUCCUUUUUUUGAAAAUUGCAAUCCCAUUAAGGGCAAGCCCCUUUUGACACAUUGACAUUUGAUACCUAAAAGCAAACCGGAUAAUAAUUUCUUGUAGUUUGAGUUAAACAAAUUACAGUAUGAGCUGCAGACCAUUUCUCGAAAUUUUGAGAUCUACUAAUAGUAACUUAUAUUGCUCGAUAUACUUUUAGUUUGAAAUAAUUAUUAAUGUGUUCAUUUUAUUGCAUUAAUUUUCGAAUUUUAUUUAUAGUUAGAAAAGUAAUGUUUGGAAAUUAAAAAAAAUAUGCUUAAACGACUUCUUCAUUUAUUAUUUUCUUUUCAAUAUCGAUUUCUAAAUGCUUUUCGUAACAGGCUUUCGAUUUUACUGUUGCUUUUUUUAUUGCUCCCACAAUUUUUUCUGGAACUCCAUCUUCUAUAUCGAUAUCUGUUUAUCAAUAACUUUGUUUCCCACUAUUUGCUUCUAUUUUUUUAUUUGUACACUUAUAAAAAUUUAAGCUAUAAGGACAAUUUUUUUCGUAUAGGUUUCAUUUAAUUGACAUUUGCUUGAAUUUUUCAAACACUGCUUUUUAACUACAUAAUGCUCUAGAUUUCACGUCUUUACUCUUUAUAACUAAUUUUUGUGCGUAUAUAAAUUUAUUUUUUCUUUUUUUCUAGACAAAAAAAUUAAAUAAAACCAAAAUUUUCAAUAAUAUAGAAAAAAAAUAAUAAAAAACACUUCAUUUUUGUGGUUUUACAGAAUAUAUUUUAUUAACAUCCUUAAUAUUUACAAUUUAUUUAACCUUUUCAUAACUUAAGCAUGUUUAAUUUUUAUAUUCUUGAUGAUUUUUAAUAAACAUUUAGUUAACUAAAUUUUUUGUGCAAUUCUUUUGAAACACACUGUAUUUUCCAAAACUUAUGUAACUGCCUGAGCAUGUAUAAUAUAUCAAAUGUAUUUAUUUGUAUACCAAAAAAUUUGGUGGAUUCCUAAUUUAUUUUUAAUUUUUUUUUUUUGGUGAGUAGUAAAUCUUAUAAAAGCAAAACAGUCUCGAUAUCGAUAUUUAAACAUUCAAACACAUUGUAACUUAUUCUCAAAUUAUUAUAUAUUAAUGAAAACUGUCUGUACAAAAUCAUUUCUAGCAGUAUUUUUUAUAAAUAAUCAUUUUAAUAUAAAAGAAGAAAUUUGUAAAAUGUACCUAAAAUUUUUUUGUCAAAAUUUGAAGAUAUUAAAUUGAAAAAUUUUAUUAAAAAAUAACGACUUUUAUUUAUUUCAACAAUUUUAUUUAAACUUUUAUUGUGAUCCAGUCUUAUCUAAUAAAAUGUCUUUGGAGGAAAAGGACCAAAAAGAAAAUAGUCAUCAAGUCCUCGUUACACAAAACUUUCAAAUGGGAAUUUCUCUAAAAAAUAAUUUUUCACUUAGACCUCUUUUUAUACGUUUUUCUUGAUGAAUUUUCUCGAUUUUAGGCCUCUUCUCAUUGACAAUUAGUUUUUGGGGAAACAUAAAAGAGUAAGUGUACAUAAUGAUGUAAAUUGCCCACUAAUUUAUGAUUUGGAGCGUAUGCACGGUCGAAUGCACAAAAUACAAAAACGCCAGGUCAUUUAUGUAUUUUUUAUUGAAUUAUUAUCGAACAAGAACUUGUUAAUAAUACUAAUUAAAGAAUCUAAUUUAAAAAUAUAUUAUUGAUCAAAUUUUAUUUACAAUAUUUGUAUGUUUAAUCUAAUGUAUUAAUUUCUAUGUAUUUUUUAUAAAUCACUUUCUGGAAAUUCAUUAUGGUGAAUGUAGGUAUUAUUUGAUAGUAGAAACUUUAAAUAAAACACGAUAAAUGCAAAAAAAAUAAACAAUUGUUAUGGAAUUAUAUAAUAAAGUAUGUAAUAGGAAAAAAUAGGAAGUACAAAUGUAACAACCAGGAGGGCAACUAUUCUAAGCUGUUUUAUUUAGAGUUCUCUUCCCUUUUUAGUCAACACCAAUUUGUAGUGCUUUUUUGGUAUAGAAAACAUAUAUUAAGUCAUAUCCAAUGGCCAGCUAAUAACAAAUAGUUGAUGUUUUUAACAGCCUCAAAGAUUUCCUCCUCUAUUUUCUGCACCUAUCCAUUCAAAAGCUAGAUAAAUUAGUUUUGCUGCCCUAUCAUGUGUUACCCGACUUCUCAUUUUAUUGUGAAUCCAGUAAAAGCGUUGAAAGUUCUGACAGUGGUAGUAAAUGUCACUAGUGCCCUAAAAAUUUUUAUUGCAACUUCCGCAAAUUUACAGGUAUCUCUCAAUCUUCGCCACCACAUGAUUAUUGCUUCCCCACACAAAUUGUGUGGAACAAAUUACUUGCUUGUCUCUGGAAUCAAUCCAUUUCACUUGAAGUACAUCUGAACACGUGUGAUUUUCUGUUUCGCAUAUGAAGCUUUUUGCUUCAAGCAUCUCAACAGGAUUUAGUUUACAACCUUGUGCUGAUCUAUCAAGAAGAUUAGCUCGUAACUGACUUGGUACCAAAUUCAUUUCUACUUCUAAAUUUCGUUAAAACUGCCUUCUCUUCUGCAGUUUGCCAUGGAGAUGAUGAAAGAUUCUCAUUGAUAAUUGCUUCCAACUUAUUGAAAUUUGUGAUUAUUGUAUGAAUAUGAAUAAUUGUCUUUAUCAGUUCUAUCAUUUUGUCUAUUGUUACCCAGAAAAUAUCAACUUUCAAAGAGUUUCCCAUCAUUAGAUAUCAUUUUAACAUUAGAAAAAUUUUUAUACAUAAUGAUUGAUAUAGUUAUUUAAAAGCUCAAAUACAUAAUAAUGAAAGUGAUAUCAAAAUCAGUUAACAUUAAAAAUAAUUUUUUUUUAAAUUUUAUAAAAGCCAAAACGUUGGCUUUGGGCAAAUUUCCGGGCAUUUACCCAUUGUAUAAAUGUCCAGCUCAUUGGGUAUUUGCCCGGCUUACAUCACUUGGUGUACAAAAAAAGCUAAUAGAAAAUUAACAAAAAAACAUGAAAGUUUGAAAAUUACACUAAUUUAAAACAGCUUAAACUCCAAGAGAACUAGUAAUAACACUUCCUUUUCAGAGGUAUUAACGAGAAGAAUCAAAAAGCAACUAAUAAAAUAUAGUUAUUUGGAAAAAUAAAUUCUUAUUGCAGCUAAAAUAGAAUAAUACAAAUCUUAUUUUCUCAAUUGAUUUGAUACUAACUGAAAACUCAAUACUGAAAUUAGAACAUUCAGUACAAAUCUAGCUACACUAGCACUAUUUUAUUUUGAAAAAGUAUUUCAAAUGACAUUAAAGUUUCGUAUAUUGAUAUUCUGAUUAAUUUUAUAUGCAUUUUAGGAAAUAAAUGUACAGUUCGAAUUCAUGUUUUUGAGAAAUAAAGAGGGUAUUUUAUCCUUUAGGAAAUAGAUUCCCAAUUUAUUAAAACAUUUUACUUCAAAAUAUUUAUCAGCAUAUUGACAUAUAUAGGGUGUAAAAUUGAAUUUCUGUUUCCGUUUUUAACUCUGACGAAUCUGAGUUAUUUGUUUUUGCAUUUAAUUCAUUAAAAUACCUAUGAAGGUAUUCUAAAAUGUGUAUACACCUCAGGAAUAAUUUGUUUUUCAAUCUCUUGACAAAUUAUAGUACCAUAAAGUAUUUACAAAUAAUUGCAAAUACACGUUUAAUUUUUGAGAGUUUUAGAUUUUUUUGUUAAGAAACUGAAAAAGAAGUGAUAUGCGUGAAGACUAACCAUCAUAUAUUAAUUAAUUUUAAAUUUACUGCAAAUACUACUCGUUGGGUCGACUGCGAUUACUAACUACUUCUAGUCGAUUUCUUUUUUAUUAAUAUAAAAGUUUUACAUAAUAAAUUAUGUAUGUAUAUAAUAUAUGUAUGUUUAUGCUAAAUAAAGCUUUAAAUACAUAUAUAUGAUUUUAUAAAACAUUUUUAUUGCAGAAUUUCAGAAUGUUAUGGAAAACGCUUAUUGUAUAUAUAUAUUUUUAGUAAUACCAAGUUUUUGGGUAAAAUAGGUUUAAUAUAAUUUUUUUAGUUUUUAAAUUUUGUUGUAUAGGGGAUUUUUUCAAUAAUCUGAAGCCGGAAGUAAGGACAACGCACAUUCAAAUACGUUUGUAUGAAUGGAUUACGAUACCUGAGUUAAAUUUAUGUUAUGUUAAUAUGCCAAAUUAUAAAAUUGGUAUCCAUAUAUAAAUUUUGUGAUGAUUUUUCUUGAUUUUAAUUAUUCUUUAAUUGAAUUUUUUUUGAAAUAGAUAAAAUCUCGAUAUUUUUCUUUAUUUUCUCAUUUCUUAGACCUAUUGUUAUGUUUAUGUUUAUAAAUGUUCUUGAUUUUAGGUGUCUUCUGUUUUAAAAUUAGUAUUAAAUAUAUUUAUAUAUUUUGAUAAAGACUUAGACAAAAGUCGAAACGUCAAUUUUUAUCUUUCAAAAAUUAUAAAAAAAAAACUAAUUUUAAAACAGAAGAGACCUAAAAUCAAGAACAUUUAGAAGCAUAAAUCUUAAUAUUUCGACAUACUUUAGUCUUAACAAAGUAGGUCGGAUUUUAUCUAUUUUUGAAAGAAAUUUCAUUUAAGGGGGAAACCUAAAAUUAAGACAAAUCAUCAUAAAAAAUAUAUAAAAAGGUCAAUCAUGAAGAAAAUUAUAGCCAUAUAUUGAUCAGACUCUAAUUGAAAAUGCUGUAAAUCUUAUGAUAUCCAAAUUAUUUUGUUAAUAAUCUUUUGUAUGUUAAUAAUUCGUCAAUAUUUUACUAAACCUGUCUAACUAUGUAACUUUUACAGUUUACAAUCGUAAAUGUUGUCAUUACUUUCUAGUUGGCUUUCUGUUUGCCUUGCUUGUUUGAAAGAGUGGACUCUGUGUGUCAUUUUUUUCAUUAUUUCUUGUGUGUUUAUAUUUGUUAUAAUAACACAAAAAGAUUCUAGAUUUUUUACGAUUUAGUGGAUAAAAAUGAACAUUACAGACCAAAGUGCCUAUUUAUUUGGUCUUAAUAUUUUACACCAAUUUCGUAAAUGUUUUCAUAUAAUUUAUUCUGAAUCUAUUGAAUUCAAUACAUAGUGUCUCUUGAAUUACAUUUCUUGAACUUAUAGAAAUUGUUUAUGAAUCAUUCUACACCCAAAUAAAAAAAAUUAGCUCAUUGAUGAAAUUAGUAGUUAUUAUUCAAUUCUAAGGUUAAUAAAUAAGAUUUUCAUUUAAUGGUUUUAUUGUCACCAAUAAUUAUGUCAAACUAGUUAUUUUGAAAUGUUUCCAACAAGUUUUGUUGCCAACACUGUUUGCACUAAAUGGAUAAUCAACAUUUCUAUUGGCAGCUUAUCAAAUUUGGUAUAACAAUCCUUAAAAAUAUGUCAAGAAACGUUUCAAUUCUAAUUUUCUUUUUUGUGGAAGUUUUGUUUUAAUAAAACUGACCAAUAUUCAUCUUGACAACUCUGUUUCAUUGACACUAAAGAAAAUAUCAAGUUUAAUAGUCUUUAGCGUUAAUUUAAAUACAUAAAUAUUGUUCCUAGGAUUUUUUACGGAUGGGAGAUUCAUAUUUCAUACUGUUGCAAAUUUUAACUAAAAUUUUAACAAAUACUAAAAAAUCUAGAUGCAUAAUUUUGAAAAAUUUUACAUUGAUAACAUAUUUCAUUCAUUUAGGAGACACUCUGUAUUAAUAAUCUAACAUAUUGAAAAUUCAGUUUUUUUUUGGUAAAUUCGUAGUCAAAAUAAUAAUUUUUAGUUACACUGUGUAUAAAAUCAUAUUUAAAUAGAAUAUUUUAUUCUUACUGUUAUUUUUAAAUUUAUAUUCAUAUCAGGUUUUUGCUAAAUAUAUUUCAAUCUUGAUAUUUGAAUAUUGAAACAUACAGUAUUUUAUUUCCUUUUUUCAAAUUUUGUUCGUACGUAUACUUACAGCAAUUCUGCGUACCUCAGCUACA